UCCUGAAUCUAAAAUUUACGCCAUAUUGAAUAGGAAUCAGGGCACCGGCUUCCGAUUCCAAUGUCAUCGGAAGCUAAGAACCUUGAAUUUGAUUAGAAAUUACUAAAUUUGCGAAGUAUAUAUAUUUAGGUUCCUUGUAGAGUGUAUAUUUUGGUGCCGCAAUGGCUGGCAAUGGUGCGGAUAUACAGUGGUGUUUCUCGCAAGUGAAAGGUGCUAUUGAGACUGAAGAUAUUACCGAAGCUGAUAUAAUAUCCUGUGUGGAGUACAACAAUACAGGAGAUCUUCUGGCUACUGGUGACAAAGGUGGACGAGUAGUAAUAUUCCAGCGUGACAAAGCAGGGAAGGUAUCUGUACCACGUCGUGGGGAAUAUAAUGUAUACAGCACUUUCCAGAGUCAUGAGCCAGAAUUUGAUUACCUGAAAAGUUUAGAAAUAGAAGAGAAGAUCAAUAAAAUCAGAUGGUUAAAAAGAACAAACCCAGCAAAUUUUUUACUCUCUACUAAUGAUAAAACUAUCAAAUUAUGGAAGGUUACAGAGAGGGACAAGAGACCAGAAGGUUUCAAUCUGAAAGAUGAGACUGGCAUAAUGAGAGAUUCUACCUCUAUUACAUCACUGAGGGUUCCCAUCUUCAAGCCCAUGGAACUAAUGGUGGAGGCUAGUCCUCGUAGAAUAUUUGCUAAUGCUCAUACCUAUCACAUCAACUCUAUAUCAGUUAAUAGUGACCAGGAAACUUAUUUGUCUGCUGAUGACCUUAGGAUUAACCUUUGGCACAUGGAAGUCACAGAUCAAAGCUUCAAUAUUGUUGAUAUCAAGCCUGCCAAUAUGGAGGAAUUGACAGAAGUAAUAACAGCAGCUGAGUUCCACCCAUUAGAAUGUAACUUAUUUGUAUAUAGUAGUAGUAAAGGAACAAUCAGACUUUGUGAUAUGCGUCAACAAGCACUAUGUGAUAAGCAUGCAAAACUAUUUGAGGAACCAGAAGACCCUACAAAUAGAAGUUUUUUCUCAGAGAUUAUAUCUAGUAUAUCUGAUGUUAAAUUUAGUCAUAAUGGUCGCUACAUGGUGACUAGAGACUAUUUGUCUGUUAAAGUAUGGGACCUGCAAAUGGACACAAAGCCAAUAGAAACAUAUCAAGUUCAUGAAUAUUUACGAAGUAAAUUAUGUUCCUUAUAUGAAAAUGACUGUAUAUUUGACAAGUUUGAGUGUUCAUGGAGUGGUGAUGAUAGGAACAUUAUGACUGGGUCAUACAACAACUUCUUCAGGAUGUUUGACAGGGAGAGUAAGCGUGAUAAUACUUUAGAGGCCAGUAGAGAAAAUAUGAAGCCUAGAACAAUUCUCAAACCAAGAAAAGUUUGUACGGGUGGAAAACGGAAAAAAGAAGAAAUAAGUGUCGAUUGUUUAGACUUCAAUAAGAAAAUUCUUCACACAGCUUGGCAUCCUAAUGAGAAUAUUUUAGCCGUAGCAGCCACAAAUAAUUUGUACAUUUUCCAAAGUAAAGAUUGAUGUGAAUAAGACGCAUAGUUAAAAUUUCAUAUAGUGCUGAUACAACUUGAAGGACAAAGGUCUGUAAGUGCUACUGGACAUAAGUGCUAACAUCGAUGGUGAGAGUUCUUCCAUAGUCUACUUAAAGAGUCAGUUGGUGUCACUACAGAAUAUUGACAGAUAAGCUGUAAAAUGAAUGGAUGUUUUGUAUUUUUUCAAACAAUUUUAUAAAUGAUAAUGUGAACAAUAGUCAUAUAUAUUGUAACAAGUUGGACCCCAAAUAUAUGUGAUUAUUUUCUUACAGCUGCAGGUCUGCUGUCAGCAUUUCCUCAAAUAAUAUUUGCCAAAGAAUUGUAAAGUUGGUUGAGCUCUGUGACGGUGCAAUAGUAUUUUGUGUGUUCAGAUAAACUCAACCUAAUGCUCAAGCCUAGUCAGUCAGCAACUUAGGUUUAUAUGUUGCUUAUUUAGGAUUUUCAUUUUUGAAAGCUUCCAGUAAGGUCCAACUAUAUGUUCCUCAAAUUAAUUCUCACAUUAAAUUUGACCUUCAAAUAAUUCUAAAUAAUCUCCACAGUCUCUUUAUAAUAGGAUUCAACUGAAAUAUAAGUCAAGAUUCUAGAGAUGGAUGGCAGAAUUUUAUAAAAUGGCAAAUACUUGGUGCAGAUGAAACACAUAUAUGAAAAAGUUGGUGCAAGUAUGAGAGUGAAGAAUAUUCUUAAAACAGAUCAUUUCUCAUGUACAUUGUACAGUGUAGUUCGUAUUUAAUAUAUAACUGCAGAUUUAGUGCUGUCACUAUCUCAAUAAUAGAGGACCACUUUAAACAACAUCAUAAAUGUGAUACUGGUGUAUGUGUUUGGUUGUAAACCAACUACCUGGUUUAUUAAUUCUCCCAAAUGAAGUUUGGAGACUUGCUGUAUUUGGUCGGUACCCAUUUUCAUCCCCAACCACUGCCUUUUGAGAAUAUUCAAAUAUCUUGAAAAUGGUUGAGGCCCCUGCCCCUAAGCCAUAUAUUUUCUUGUUCAACAUGUCAAGAUGAAUUGAAUGAUAUAUAGGGUGACACCCCAGGGGUACAUAUAUUUUGGGGUUUGGGGUCUAAGGGGACUUUUUUGACAAACUUUUCAACAGUAUCAUUACUUUGUUUAGUAUUUAUUUUCUAAUUGACAAAACUUGCCAUUUAGUUCAAAUAGAAUUCCUAGAUUAGCAUUUUAUGCCCCGUUCUAAGGUGGAAAAUGAAUGCAUGGUGUUACUCCUUUUUGUUUAUCUGUCUACUGUGGUUAAGGACUGUUCAUUAACAAUCUUCUAACACUAUUGUAUUCCAACUGUUUACAUGUUAGGAGCAGUGAUACUUAUUGUGGUAUAUCAAUGAAAUGUUAUCACUAUAAUCCUCUAUAGUUAUCAAAUGUUUAUAAACAUGGGACAUACUUAUUCUGCAUUUUGUUUGGUCAUCAUCACCUACAAUUUCAAAUUCAACAAAAAAAUGUUUCAAAUGCAAUGUUGUAAUAACUGCCCAUGAAAACAGUGGGACAUACAUGUUUUACGGACAAAUCAUUCUCUAGUACCAAAAAAAAGAUUUUUUACAUAUUGUUACAAAAUGUAGUCUGCACUUUCAAAUUUCAAAAUUGAAUGUCUCUAAUUUAGACCGACUGUCUUGUCUUGCCUGUAAAAUACCAGGGGUUAUCUCUUAGAUUUCAGGUAUUUGUGAUUUAUAUAUAACAUUCCAGGAAAUAAAACUUAACAUCAACUGUUAAAACUGUCUACCCCAUAAGGAGCAUUGGUAUACAAUUCUGAGGUCCACUUAUCUAAUUUUGAAAUGCCAAAUGUGCUACUAGGAUUAGGUUCGUUAUACUAAUUAUGUAUCUGAGAUUAACAAUAAUGAUCAUGUACCUGAUUGUGAAGUAUUGUUAUAUUUAUGUGAACCAAUAUGUUUUUUGUUGAAAAGUAUUAUUUUUUAUGUCAAACAAUGAAAUUGCAAAAAAAAAAAAUUAAUAAAAAACAUGAAGUAUA